AAUAGAAACUUGAUUGAGAUAAAUAUAUAAGUAAUGUUUCUGUUUUCCAUAAUUAGUAUUUUAAGAGAAGUUUGCAGAAGUAGCUUAGAGAAACCAUAAAAAAAUAAUUGGGCAAAGAAUUCUCAGUUAUGGAGAUUUUUCCAUAGAUGAUUAUGUGACUACUAUUUCUAAAGUUGAAAAUUCUGGUCAGGAUACUAAGUUUAUUUAGAUUUUUGCAUAUUAGCAAUGUAAAACUGUAUAUUAUGCAGUUCCUGACACACAGUAGUUGCUUAAUAACCACUUGUUAUUCUAUCAUGUUUAGUAUAUUGCUACUUAAUAUUAUACUACCCCUUAAGAAUUUGUAAUAGUUGGCAUAGGAGCUAGGCUAAAGUUUACAUUUCUAAUAUAUAUGGAAAAUUUUGCUAAGUAAAUUUACAUUAUUAACAGUAUUGCAGGGGGAAAUAUUUAUUUGCUUAUGGGAACAUAUAGUUUAAAAUAUUAUAUUAUCUAGUAAGAAUUAUAUACUGGCUACAAAUGAUUAACUAUUGAUGAUUUUAGUUCUUUUUCUUGGUCAUCAUAUUUGGAACCUCAUUUCUUGUGAAAUGUUUCCUAAUUCUGAUUUUUCACUAAUUUAAAUUUUUCCUCAAAAAUAGCCUAGGACCUUAUCUUUUGUGAUAUGAUAGAAAGAUAAUUGGAUUUUUAUCCUCUCUGUGCAACCGUGAUCUAAGUAACUUUAUUUCCAAGAAUAUUAGAAAUCUCAUUCCUGAAAUGAGGAGGUGGGACUAGAUAAUCUCUGUGGACAUUUUGGAGUACAAAUAUUUAGAUCCUAGGUUCUCUAAGGCCUUUUUAAACUUUAAAUUCUAUGAUCCUACUUCUUUUAUGCAUUCUUAUCUUAAUGUUACAAUGUAGCAUGGUCGUUGGUAGAUAAAAGAUGAUAUUGAGGUUGGCAAUUUGUGUCAUUUAGCCAUUCUGACACUUAGGAAAACCCAAGCAAAAUUAUUUUUAGUGUCUGAAGAGACCUUGAUAUAUUAGAGUUUUUCCCUCAAGAAUGACACGGUAAUCUAUGACAUUUCUGUGUUAUAUAAUAAUGAUGAUGAUGAUGAAAAUAAUUCUCCUAAAAUAUUUUAUAUACAUCAUUUCAUUUGCUCCUAUAAUAAACAUAUAAUGUAGGCUGAAUAAUUUAUUUUCCAAAUAAAGGGGAUAAGUUAUUAGAAGGGUAUAAAUUCUGGACUCAGGACAAGAGCUAUGUUCUUCUGAUUCUUAGUCCAAUUUUAUAUCCAUUGUAUUACACUUUCUUCCAUGAGACUUCUAUUUUAAUCAAUGACUUUAGAGUUUUAUUUAAAUUGGUUAGUUCUCCAGAAAUGCAAACACACAAAAAAAAUCAGGUCUCAGGAGAGUCAGGAAAGGAUUAUUUUGCAGGGUUUCCUUAUUCUUUGCCUUUAGAGAAUUUAGUUAUUUUUCACAGCGUAGUGUUAGCCAAUGUCAUCUUUAGAACUUAUAUGCAGCUUGGUGGCAGAAUGUAUAGAGUACUGGGCUUGAAGUUAGAAUGACCAAAGUUCAGAUCUUGCCUCAGUUUCUAGCUGUGUGAUCCCUGGGUAAGUUAGUUAAACUUGUUCUGCCACAGUUUCCUCAAUUGCAAAAUAGGGAUAAUAAUACCUACUUCACAGAAUUGUUGCGAAAAUCAAAUGAGAUAUACUAGGUAAAAGUUCUUAGCAUAGUACCCAGAAAUAGAUGCCUAAUAAAUGCUUCUUCUCUUCUUCCUAUCUCCUUUGUAUGAAUGGGGAUGGUAAUUAUGUCAUCUAGACUGAUGUAGUUUAUUAAACGCUUUCUAUGCAAGGCACUAUGCUAAGCACCAAAACAAAGAACAUUAAAAAACAAACAAUUCCUGUUCUCAUGGAAUUCACAGUCUAAUGGAUGAGACAACAAGCAAACAGCUAUGUAUAAGGAAGAUCUCUAAAGGAUAAAUUAGGAAUGGUUUCAAAGGAAAAGCACCAAGAUUAAGGAGGACCAGAAAAGUCUUUUUGCAAAAGAUGGGCCUUUAGCUAUGACUUUAAGGAAGCCAGAGAAGCUGGGAGUAGAGAUGAGGGGUAUAGAAUGUCAUGCAUGAGGAACAACCAGUAAAAUGCAAGAAUUUAGGAGAUUGACUGAAGGUGGCCAAUGUCACUAUUUGCCAAGUAUAUACAUGGAAGCAUAGGUACCAAAGAUGGCAUGCCGAGUGCUCUCUGUGGGAACAUGCCUGUCCCCCCUAUCCCCCCAAUUUUUUAUGAGAAAGGCAGAGGGACUUGGGUGGAACUGCUCCCCUUUCCCUCUUCACUGCACCUGAGGACAUUUUUUCAACCUUCCCAACCCGCGCAGCAGCCCAAUGGGAAUGCACAGGGGUAAGAUCGAAGGUGGCAGAGCUGGAAGGGAACAGAGUGCUCAGGCCACUUCCUGUCUCUCCCCUUCUUUACACUUUCUGAGGACAUUCCUUACUUCACCUGCCUCUCUACCCAGCAGCCCAGUGAGAACUCUUUCUCACUCUCCUGUGUGGGAUGAGGAGGGGGUGGCACCUGGCACUCAGUGGAAGGGGAAGGACACAUCACAUGGUCUGGAGGGUUGGGGGUAGGGCCUGGCAUUCCUUCUUUAAAAGAUUCAUCAUCACUGAUAUAAGAAGACUGGGAAUGUAGGAAAGAGUCAGGUUAGGAAGGGCUUUAGAAGCUAAAUGAGGGAUUUAUAUUUGAUCCUUAUACUUAUAUUUUAUCCUGGAAUUUAUUAAAUAGGGGGUGAUAUGGUCAAAACUAUGCUUUAGGAAAAUUAACAGCUUAGUAGAGUAUUGACUAGAGUGGGGAGAAACUUAAGGCAGAAAGAUCAAAUAAUAGGUCAUUGCAGUAUUCAAGAUAUAGGAUGAAAAGAUGCUUCUAUUAUUGUAGUUGCAGUGUCAGAAGAGAAGAGGAUGCCUGUACUAUUAAAACAUUCUAUCUUACUUUCUGUGUUAGUACCCCUAGUAAGGGAUUAAUUAUUACUGUAUUAAUAUUCUGUAUUGGUUUCAAGGCAGAAGAGUAUUAAGGACUAGGUAGUGGAGGUUAAGUGAUUUGCUCAGGGUCACACAGCUAGGAAGUAUCUGAGGCCAGAUAUAAACCCAGGAGCUCCUGUCCCUAGGCCUGGCUCUCAAUCCAUUGAUGCCCCCAUGCCUACACUAUUAAUAUGAAGGUAGAGUCAACCUGACUUGGCAUCUCAUUGAAUAAUGAGAGAGUGAGGCAUGAAUUAAUAAAAUAGGGAAGUUAAGAAGAGGAGAUGGUUUGGUGGAAAGGUAAUAAGGUCAGUUUUGGAUGUGUUGGGUUUAAGUUAUCCCUGAGAUAUUUAGUUUGAGAUGUCCACUAGAGAGUUGGAAAUUUGAAACUGCCAUUUAGGAGAGAGAUGAGAGCUGAACAAAUAGAUCAGAGUCAUAUCAUAUCAUAGUGGUCAUAAUAGAAACCAUGGAAGCUAGUGACAUAACCAAGUGAAAUAGUAUUUAAAGAGAAGAGAGCCCAGGAUUGAGUGGUGGAGAAUACUUACAGUUUGCCAUUGUUAUCUGGAAGAAAAUCCAGCAAAGGAGACAGAGGAGAGGAGGUGAACCCAGGAGAGGACAGUGUCAUGAAAACCUGGGUAGAAGAGAAUAUUAAGAAGGUGAUAAAUGACAGUGUUAGACUGUAGAAAAUUAAGAAGGAUGAGAACUGAGAAAAGAUCACUAGAUCAGGCAGUUGAGUUCAUUAGGGACUUUGAAAAGAUAUGUUUCAGUUGAAUGACGAAUUUAGAAGCCAUACUUCAGAGUUAAAAAGAAGAUGAAAGAAAAUGGGGCAUUUGUUGUAGGCAAAUUGAUUUCUUAAGGCAUUUAUUUACAAAUGGGGAGCAGAAAUAUAAGAUAGCUAGUGGGGAUGGAUAGAUUGAGUGUUUUUUGAGAAUGAGGGAAUUGUGGGUGUGCUUAUAAGAGGUAGGGAAGCAAACAGUAGACAGGUAAUGAUUAAAGAGUAGUGAGACAGUAUGGGGGAGAGAGGAGGAAGUCUGGGGGAGAAGACACAUGGAAAGGUUAGCUUUGACAAAGAGAAGGGCCACUUCAUAGUAAAUAGCAGUAAAAGAAAAUAGUAGAAGAUUAUGAGGAUUAUGAGAUGAGAAACAAAGGAGAAGGAAGAGCUUUUGGUGAAUAGUCUUAUAUUUUUUUUUCAAUGAAAUAUGAGACUGAUUCUCAUAAUGAGGAUGGAGGUAGAAUUAUGGUAAGUUUGGUGAGAGGUGAAAAGGUUUUGAAAAGCCUCUGUGGUGAGUGGGGUCAUGAAUAGAUUAGGAGAAUGUAAAAAUAUUACCUUGAUGCAAUGAAGGCCUGGUUGAGAUCAUGCAACAUAAACUUGUAGAGGUUUCAUGAUUUUAUCUAGCUUUGUUAAGCAAUAUAUAAGUAGGCAGUAUAUGAUGGGAAUAAUACAAAGCUGGAGUUUGGAAGGGUAAGAUCUGUGAUAGUAUGAAGGGGCAGGGAAACUGAGAGGACAGUGGAGACUUGAACUGACACCCCAAAAGUUCAAAAUGAUAAAAGGAAGAAGGAUGUAGGAGGCAGAUGCUUAAGUUUGGUGUAUAAUAGAUAGUACUAAAAACUUCUGAAGACUGCUUAUUUGAUGAAAAUUGUACUUGGCUGAUGUUUAUGCAUUACACAUCACUUAUAAUUUUCAUUUUGCUCUGGUAGGUCAUCCAGAUAGAUGACAAUAAAUACCUUUAUUUGGUACAUGGAGUAAAAUUAAAAUUUGUUUCAUUUUCUGUCCUUUCUAUUUUCCCCAUAUGUAAAUGUAAAAUGAGAUCAUUGGGUUAGUUGCUUUCUAAGAGCUUUCCAGCUUUAAGAUUCUGUAAUUAUUGUACAAAAAGCAUGUGGUUAUGCUUUUCACAUGGUUGAUAUAUCUCUUAAAAUCCAAUUAUUUUUGUUUCUGUCAUGUUUUUGUGAAAAUCAUCUUUUUCUAAGACUGCAUUUGAUUAUAUUCUAGCUCAACAACUUCUCUGGGGAUAUUCAGGUAGGCUUACUGAUUGAAUAUUCUGCAAUUUGAAGCCUGGUGUUUGUUUGCUUUUGGAUAUUUCCUCAUUCUUGAAGCUGUCAGAAAUUAAAUUUAUUGUCAGCUUAUUGGAGAUAACUUUUAAAAAAUAGGUACAUCUUUUAAAGCAGCAUAAGUACAUAGUAUUUCAAGUAUUAUUUGUUCUAAAUGCCAGUAUAAAAGUUCAAAUGAUUAAUUCGGUUAAGCAUGAAGGAGCUUGUUCAUUGGCAUUAAAUUUAAGAUAUACUUAGCCUGGAAUAAAUCACAUACUAAAUGGGAGCACCUAUUACAAUUAUAGUCUGCUUCUAAUAGGAAUGCCAAGGGUGAAAUUUUUAUUCUGUUUUACCAUGAUCAUAGAAGAAAAAGGCUAAAUUAUGAUAUAUUGUUGCAGAAGAAAAGCUUUAGCUGGUGUGAAGAGUUAAAUUUUGGGGGUAGGAGUUUGAACAAAAGCCAGUGUGCAGUUUAUUAAACACAAAAAAUUUAGUUUAUUAUUAGGAAAUAUGGAUAGGAAAUAGGAAGGAGGAAAGUGAAAGUAAUCUUACAAUAGCCUGUAACUAUACCCUAGGUCCCAAACCUAGCUAAAUUUCUUUAAAAAACCCUAAAUCUAUCUGCCUCAGUGGGCAAUAUCUUCUGUUAGGCCAAAGCCUUCGCCUAUUCUCCUACUUUCACAAUCUAAUAUAAACACUAUCUUAUCUACCCAAUUUAUUAAUAAUCAAUAAGGCUAAUAAGGCCUUAAUUCCUUUCUCUGUCUCCAACCAGAGAGUGCUGUUAACAGCACAUCCUUUCCCCAGGAGAACCAGAGACAAAAAGCCCCUUUUCCACUGUCUGCCACUGACUAACUCUCACUAACUGACAAGCGGCACAGCAGAGGGUCUUGAAUUGACAACCUGCACAGCAGAGGGUCUCUAACUGAAAAAUAUUUGUGCUCUUUUUCCUCUUAAGUAUAAAAAGGGAGAAAUUAAUCAAAAACUCUCUUAAUAGUGGGCAACCCUCAAGCAUAAUUAGUGGAAUUUUUUUCCAUGUGAACACAGUGCCAUUUUUUAUAAGAAAACCAGUGUGAAAUUAUGACAGUGCUUUAUAGAAAUUAACCUUGUUGGAUAGUAUCUAGUUCCAUAAUGUAGAGAAUACUGCUAUUACUACUAAUAGCAUUAAACAAAUUAGCAUGUUUAAAAUGCAUAUUGACUAAUGUAAUUUAAAUGCAAACAUUCUUAAAUUUUUCUUCAAGCUUUUACUGAAAAUGAAAAUAGGAUUGUACUGUGAUUGUAUAAAUUAUGGCCAAAGUCUAUGAACAGUGAAGAUCUGAUUUGAUAUAGUGAGAACAUUAAUUAUAUCAUUGGUUUCUUUAAACUCACGCAGUUUAUACAUGCCAUUAAACAGAAUUAUAGACAAAUAACCAUAGUGGCAUUUAUAGUGUAUUGAGAACAAUAGCAUUUAUAAUCUUGAGUUUACUAUUAUGUAGCUCACUGUCCUAGAUGAAGGAGGUUUGCCAAGAUGUUCACAUUUUGCUCCUGAGCUCUCCUUGAUGCAAAUGAGGUCAUUGAAUAUUGGUUUUUUUUGGGGGGGAGGUAGAGCUCAACCUUAAAUUUAAUGAAAUGUCUUAUUAAGCUUUUACUAUAUUAUGAAAUACUUUAUUCUUUAUAAAGUCUUAUAAUGAGCUUCUUUAAAACAUUAAAUUAAAUCUGACAUUGCUAAUUUCCACUUAAAGUGAUUUAAAGAUUUGUGAUUUCCUCAAUUCAGGUCCUUCCUUCAGUGGAAUAGAUUACAAUUUUUUAUUCUAGUGGGCAGUCUUUAAGAUGUCAGGAAAAGUUUUGUUCAAUGAAAGCUAUGCAAAAAUGGACUGGACUCUCUCAGAACAUAGAAUAAAAGAGCACUGGCUUUUAGAAAAUAUGAAUUCACAUUCUGCCUAAGCUUACUAACUAUGUGAAUCCCUUAGAAUCUCCCUGAGCCUCAGUUUCUUCACUUAUGAAAUGAAGGGAUUGUAUUAGAUUGCCUCUGAGAUCCUUUCCAACUCUAGGUAUAUAAUCUUAUGAGCCUUUGAAGGGAGUGAUUUCCCCCUAAUUGGAGGUAUUCAGUCAGAAGAUAAAUGACCAUUUGAUUUUAGAAUUGCAAAUAAUUCAUCACUCUGUAGUCAAUUCCAUAUUGAGCAAAUCUAGGUUGGUUCGUGGAUGACACAUGUAGAAUCUGUCUCUGGGUUCUCUGGGUCUUCCUAGGCUUUUUAGAACUCUCCAGAGCUUGACAUUUCUGGAAUAUGUUUUGAAAACAUAGGCAUUGUAGCAAGACUUUAGUGAACUUUGUUUUUUUUUUUCCUUACACAAUCAGAAACUUAGAGUGAAUUAUUGAAAUAUUAUUUUGUUAUCUUAAACACUUGUUAUAGAGCUGAUAAUUAGGUUGACAAACCCCCCCUAAAAUUAUUGGAAUGCUCAGCAUUUGAAAUGUUUUGAAUUUUAACAGCUUUUUAAUUUUAAUUUUAAAUAAAUAUAUAUUCAUAUGCUUUUUUUUACUUUGGUAAAAUGAAUGCUAGAGAUAGGAACUGGACUUGUGAUUUCAUUGGCAUAGAGGUCUCCUAGGCAAGGAAAAUUAUCUGUCAUUGUAGAUCAGUACCUUCUCUUAAAGAGUUUGCCCAGAGCACUGAUAAGUUUAGAGAUGAGACUUAAACCUUGGCUUCAGGGCCAGAUGCCUAUCUACCAGAUCAGCUUUCUUUUUACAAAUGAAUACCAAACAUUAUUUAGUCUUUGACCUAUGAUCAGAAUCUUGCAAUAGUUUACGGUUAUCAUUAUUAUGGUAUAAGAGACUGUAUUGAUCUGUUCUGACACCAGAAUUUAUCCAGGAUUUUUUUUUAAAGAACAAAACUUUUCUUUGAGCUGGUUUUCUUAUAGCUUACCUAAUUUUUUUUAACAAGUAAAGUGUAGUAAAUAAAAUAACAACAAAAACAAAACCUACCAGGUAAUUGAAGAUUAUUUAUUCUAAUUAAUUUGAUUUGAGUUGAAGUUUUAUUGUACUAUGUACAAGGAUCUUUUUAGACCAGGGGUUCUUAAACCUUUUUUAUAUCUAUUGCAAUCUGUUAAAAAUCUAUAGAUGUGCCCUCAAAGUAGUGUUUGUAAAUUAUGAGGGAAAUGCUAAAUUUCAAUUCAAGGUUAAUAGAAAUAAGUAUUAUUUUAUAUAUAUGGAUACACACCCAUACACAUAUGUAAAUUGCUUUGCUUUCCAAAUUCUUGAAUCCCCUGAAUUCUUUCCACAGGAUCUUUGGACCCCAGGUUUAAGACCUCUUGUUUUAUUUUAUUUAUUUAAAACCCUUACCUUCCAUCUUGGAAUCAAUACUGUGUAUUGGUUCCAAGACAGGAGAGUGGUAAGGGGUAGGCAAUGGGUUAAGUGACUUGCCCAGGGUCACACAGCUAGGAAGUAUCUGAGGCCAGAUUUGAACCUAGGACCUCCCAUCUCUAGGCCUGGUUCUCAAUCCACUGAGCUACCCAGCUGCCCCCAUGACCCCCUAUUUUAGACACAAAAAAGUCUCUUGGACUUGUUUGAUACAUUAAAAUAAUUUUUUUUCUAAAUUUCCUAUAAACAUAUUAUCCAGGGAAAUUUUGUUGUUUUUGUUAAACUUUAGCUGUUGUUACUGGAAAUUAAUGAUAAUAAUGCUAUAUAAUGUUUAAGAACACCGAAAACAUUAGUGAUUUAUAAAAAUUCUGUAAAUUCUAUGUUAAUAACUGCAUAACUGGAAUUAUUUUUGAGGAGAAAAUUACUUCAUUGUUCCUGUGUACAGGUGCUUACUAAUCCAGAGCAUGAAAAUGUUUUCCUCUGUAUUAACAGUUUUGUUGUAAUAAAAAUCAAAUAACUUAUCUUGAUGAGGAUUCAAAGCAAUAAAACAAAGGAGAAAUCAGGACUUCAAAUUUGCCUAAGGUAGAUGCUUAGGUUUGUGCCUUAGUGACUUCCCUUCUUUUUUCCCCCCAGUGUGGUUUUACUUGAGCAUGGUUGAUGUGUUAGCCAGUUGCAUGUUUUUGUGUUUGUGUUUGACAUUGAUAUUUUAUUCAUAUCAAUAGAUGACAGUUUGCCUAUAACUAAGUAUAUAUUUUAUAGAUUAUGGGAGUUCUUGUGAAAGUAUUAUUCAAGAUUAUCUGCUGGAUGAAUAUUAUGCCUAAUUGCUAUAAAUAUAGGACAUUAGUAGCCUACAUACAAAAUCAUCUUUUUUUUUGUUGUUUUUUGAUCAGUUAAUAAUUUUGACGUGUAUAGUAUGCUAGAGUCUACAGAAUCACUUCAGAAUUUCUUUCAAUGAUUUUAUAAUGAUGUUGUUUUAAGGAAAUGCAUUAAUGAAUCAUCUUCCUUUGCCCAAAUUGAAUUUUUUUAAAAGAAAACUAUUCUGAUGUUUCUGAUUUGGAAAUAAUCAUAUCAAAAAGAGUCUAACUUUUAAAUCUAAUUUGCAUUCAUUUAUGUCUGUCACUUUUAAUAUUUAAAAAGAAUUAUCAACUGUUCAAGAAAAGAUAAACAGUAGAAAACCAUUAAUUUUUCAUAUCAUGGUAAUUCCUUUUAUUUCAUGCCAUGAUUAAUUAGUUAAUAUUUAUAUGUCAGAAUGCUUUGGAUUUUCAACACUUAUCAAUGAUCUGGAUUUGUAUUUCAAACUUCACUUUUUUAUUCCAGCUUUGCCUUAUUUUGUGUUUGGAUUAAUGGAAAUAAUGUUUUUAAAAUAAAUACACUAUUAAAGUACUUUUUUGGUUCAGAAUGAAACUCAUGGAUCCUAUACUCCAUCCAGAUUUUUGUAAGGUUUUAUGUUUUUAUUCAGUAUUGCUGAAUUUGACAUUAAAUACUAUAGGGUUGAAUCUGAAAAUAUUUGGAAUAUGGCUUAUGAUACUGGCCUAUUGGAAUUCAAAUUCUAGCAUACCUCAACCAGAAUUUUUUCUAAAAAGCAAAAUGUAAUGCCUUUGAAAAAUAACCUUUGAAAAAAUUAGUUGCAACUCUCCAUUUCUUUCAAACUCUUAAAAGUUGAUUAAAUUUUCCAAACCAUAUAGGUUGCCCAGAAUCUUUUAUAAUAAUAUUCAAAGUUUUCCAAAAUUUAUUUAGAAUUCAGUUAUAAACUUGAAAUUUCUCAGGACAAUAUUAAUAAAUUGCUUAGAACUUAGCUUCUCAUUGACUUUGGAAACAUUGACAUUUAAUUUUCUUAUCUUUAAAAGCAAAACAAAACAAAAAAUCCCAAAACUCUUAACAAAUUUGGUUUCUAUUUUCAUUAAAGGCAUUGUUAUUUUUUUGCAACUUAUUGUCACUUUGUAUUUAAAAAUUUUUGUUGAUGCUUUUUGUUCUCACUAAGGAAUUUCUUGAGUCUCCAAAUCACAGAACUCAAAUCAGCAUAUAAAAAAAACACAACUGACAAUAUAUGCAAAAUUUUGCAUCCAUAGGUCUUAAAGACCUUAGUCUUUAUCUGUCAGGAGGAAAAAUAGUUUCAUCACCUUUUCUCUGGGAUCAAAAUUUUCUAUCACUUUCAUUUCCCAUUAUAACUGGAACCAAGAUUGGUCAGGCAAUAGUACUUUUUUAAAAAGGGGAUUUCUAGAAAUAGGCAUUUCUUAAUAAUUAUAAAUUAUUUAAUGCAUUGGGGAAAUAACUUCUUAAAUUGUCUUAAUCUUUCUUUUCUCCUUUAUGCUCCAUUUCUUCUGAUUAUGAUUACAUUAAAAAUACCAAAGUAUUUUGAGGUGAAAUAGGUAGGUGUUCCUAGCUAGGAACAAUAUCUGGGCCUCAGUAGAUACAGAAGUCAAAUUUUCUUAGAGGAAGUGUUGAUGUAGUUAAAAGAGUACUGACAAGAUGUGAGGAAACCCAAAUUCUGAUUUUGCUUGGCUUCUUUGUGACCUUGGUGAAAUUGAAAACAUUUUGAAAUCAUCUUCUGCAUAAAUGAGAAGACCCUGUACUCAACUUCAGCUUCUGAACCCAGAGCGAUUUGCACGCCUUAUUAAAGAAGUAAUGAAUACCUUUUGGCCUGGCAGAGAAUUGGUAGUUCAGUGGUAUCCAUUUGCUGAAGACAAUGAUCAUCCAUCUGUUGCAUGGCUUAAGAUGGUCUGGAAGAACCUUUAUAUACAUUUUUCAGAGGAUUUGUCUCUAUUUGAUGAAAUGCCACUUAUCCCUAAGACUACCUUGGAGGAAAGUCAGACAUUUGUGGAACUCAUUAGACUCAGGAUCCCGUCACCAAUUAUUUUAGAUGAUGAAUCUGAAGCACAGCUUCCAGAAUUUUUAGCAGACAUUGUACAAAAACUUGGAGGGAUUGUCCUUAAAAAACUAGAGCCUUCUAUACAACAUCCUCUUAUUAAAAAAUAUGUACAUUCCCCAUUACCAAGUGCUGUUUUGCAGAUCAUGGAAAAGAUGUCAUUGCAGAAACUAUGUAAUCAAGUAGCUUCGUUGCUUCCAACACAUAAAGAUGCACUGAGAAAAUUCUUAGCUAGUUUAACCGAUAUAAAUGAAAAGGAGAAAAGAAUCAUUCAAGAAUUGACAAUAUUUAAAAGAAUUAAUCAUUCAUCUAGUCAAGGGAUUUCUUCUUUUACAAAAUUGAAAGGUUGUAAAGUGUUACAUCAUACAGCCAAACUUCCACCAGAUCUGAGACUCUCCAUUCCAGUAAUUGAUAACAGUGAUGAAGCUACUAUACGUUUGGCAAAUAUGUUGAAAGUAGAGCAGCUAAAAAGCACAGGCUGCUUAAAGUUCAUCUUAAAAGAUAUUGAAAAUGGUUUUUAUUCUCAUGAAGAAACAACACAACUUAUGCUAUGGAUUCUUGAAAAUCUGUCAUCUCUAAAAAAUGAGAAUCCACAUGUAAUUGAUUGGGUAAUGCCAUUAAAAUUUAUUCAGAUUUCACAAGGACAUAUUGUUUCAGCCAGUGAACUCUUUGAUUCUGAUGUUGGCAUACUGCAGGAUUUGUUUCAUGCUGAAGAAGAAAUCUCCUUUCCACCUAGUAUUUUUACUUCCUCUUCAGACAUUCUUCAUUCUUUGAGACAAAUUGGAUUAAAAAAUGAAACUAGUCUCAAAGAAAAAGACAUUAUACAAGUAGCAAAAAAAAUUGAAGCAUUACAAAUUAGUUCUAGCCCAAAUCUGGAUGCCCUUUUAAAGAAGGCAAAAACUCUCUUAAUGGUUUUGAAUAAAAAUCAUACAUUAUUACAGUCACCUGAAGCAAAAGCAGUGUUGAAGAAGAUUAAAUGGGUACCUACAUGCAAGGAAAGGCCUCCAAAUUAUCCAGGCUCUUUAAUCUGGAAAGGAGAUCUUUGUAAUCUUUGUUCACCACCAGAAAUGUGUGAUGUAUCUCAUGCUACUUUAGUUGGCUCAUCAGUUCCUCUUGUUGAAAGUAUUCAUACUAAUUUGGAAAAAACUCUUGGUAUAUUCGUAAAACCUAGCAUAAAUGCAGUCUUAAAACACUUUAAGAUUGUUGUUGAUUGGCAUAGUUCAAAAACCUUUAGUGACGAAGACUAUUACCAAUUCCAACAUAUCUUGCUUGAAAUUUAUGGAUUUAUGCACGAUCAUUUAGAUGAAGGCAAAGAAGCUUUUAAAGCUUUGAAGUUUCCAUGGGUCUGGACAGGUAAAAAAUUUUGUCCUCUGGCUCAGGCAGUAAUAAAACCAAUACAUGAUCUUGAACUUCAGCCUUAUUUACAUAGUGUGCCUAAAACUAUGGCAAAAUUCCACCAGCUGUUUAAGGCAUGUGGUUCAAUAGAAGAGUUGACAUCAGACCAUAUUUCCAUGGUCAUUCAGAAGGUAUAUCUUAAAAGUGAUCAAGAACUCAGUGAAGAGGAAAGCAAACAAAAUCUUCAUCUUAUGCUGAAUAUUAUACGAUGGCUAUAUAGCAAUCAGAUCCCAGCAAGCCUCAAUACACCAGUACCAAUACACUAUAGCAAGAAUCCAUCAAAACUUAUUAUGAAACCAAUACAUGAAUGCUGUUACUGUGAUAUUAAAGUUGAUGACCUUAAUGACUUACUGGAAGAUUCUGUGGAACCCAUCAUAUUGGUACAUGAGGACAUACCCAUGAAAACAGCUGAAUGGUUAAAAGUUCCAUGCCUUAGUACAAGAUUGAUCAAUCCUGAAAAUAUGGGGUUUGAGCAGUCUGGACAAAGAGAACCACUUACUGUAAGAAUUAAAAACAUUCUAGAAGAAUAUCCUUCAGUUUCAGAUAUUUUCAAGGAGUUACUUCAAAAUGCUGAUGAUGCAAAUGCAACAGAAUGCAAUUUCAUGAUUGAUAUGAGAAGAAACAUGGACAUAAGAGAGAAUCUUUUAGACCCAGGGAUGGCAGCCUGCCAUGGACCUGCUCUGUGGUCAUAUAACAAUUCUGAAUUCUCUGAUUCAGACUUUAUAAACAUAACUAGAUUAGGAGAAUCAUUAAAAAGGGGAGAGGUUGAUAAAGUCGGAAAAUUUGGUCUUGGAUUUAAUUCUGUUUACCAUAUCACUGACAUUCCCAUCAUUAUGAGUCGAGAGUUCAUGAUAAUGUUUGAUCCAAACAUAAACCAUCUCAGCAAACAUAUUAAAGAUAAAUCUAACCCUGGUAUAAAAAUUAACUGGAGUAAACAACAAAAAAGACUUAGGAAGUUUCCUAAUCAAUUUAAGCCAUUUAUAGAUGUGUUUGGCUGUCAGUUACCACUAACUGUAGAAGCACCUUACAGUUACAAAGGAACUCUUUUUAGACUUUCAUUUAGAACACAACAAGAAGCUAAACUGAGUGAAGUCAGUAGUACUUGCUAUAAUACAGCAGAUAUUUACUCUCUUGUGGAUGAAUUUAGCCUCUGUGGACAUAGGCUUAUCCUUUUCACUCAGAAUGUCAAUACCAUGUUUUUGAAGUACUUGAAAAUUGAAGAAACCAAUCCUGGUUUAGCACAAGAUACAAUUGUCAUUAAAAAAAAUAUUUGUUCCUCCAAAGCAUUAAAUGUACCUAUUGUUAGUGUUUUAAAAGAAGCUGCUAAGCUUAUGAAGACUUGCAGUAGCAGUAAUAAAAAACAUCCGAUGGAUAUACCAAAGUCAGCUUGUAUAUUACAGAUCACAGUUGAAGAAUUUCGUCAUGUGUUCAGAAGAAUUGCUGAUUUGCAGUCACCACUUUUUAGGGGUCCAGAUGAUGAUCCAGCUACUUUAUUUGAAAUGGCAAAAUCAGGACAGGCUAAAAGACCGUCUGAAGAGCUACCACAGAAAACAGUGGAUUCUACUACAUGGCUAAUAUGUACCUGCAUGGAUACUGGGGAGGCUUUAAAAUUUUCCCUGAAUGAAAGUGGGAGAAGGCUUGGACUUGUUCCCUGUGGUGCAGUAGGAGUAUUAUUUUCUGAAGCUCAGGAACAAAAAUGGACUGUGAAACAACAUGCUGGUGAAGUUUUUUGCUAUUUGCCUCUGAGAAUAAAAACUGGGUUGCCAGUUCAUAUCAAUGGCUGUUUUGCGGUUACUUCAAAUAGGAAAGAAAUAUGGAAGACAGAUACAAAAGGAAGAUGGAACAAUAUAUUCAUGAGGCAUGUUAUUGUUAAAGCCUACUUAGAAGCACUCAGUGUUUUACGAGAAUUAGCUAUAAGUGGAGAACUAAUUGAUUAUACUUAUUAUGCAGUGUGGCCUGACCCUGAUUUAGUUCAUGAUGAUUUUUCUGUGAUAUGUCAAGGUUUUUAUGAAGAUAUAGCUCAUGGGAAAGGUAAAGAUGUGUCUAGAGUCUUCUCUGAUGGAUCUAUGUGGGUCUCUAUGAAGAAUGUGAGAUUUUUAGAUGAUUGCAUACUUAAAAGAUCAGACAUUGGUCCUGCUGCUUUCAAGAUAUUUUUAAAAUACCUUAAGAAAACUGGAUCAAAGAAUCUCUGUGCUGUUGAACUUCCUUCUUCAGUAAAAUUGGGAUUUGAAGAAGCAGGUUGCAAACAGAUACUACUUGAGAACACAUUUUCUGAGAGACAGUUUUUUUCAGAAGUAUUUUUUCCAAAUAUACAAGAAAUUGAAGCAGAACUUCGGGAUCCCUUAAUGUAUUUUGUUUUAAAUGAAAAGGUUGAAGAAUUCUCUGGAAUUCUUCGUGUAACUCCAUGUGUUCCUUGCUCUUUGGAGGGACAUCCUUUAGUCUUGCCUUCAAGGUUGAUCCAUCCUGAAGGACGAGUUGCAAAAUUAUUUGAAACUAAAGAUGGAAGAUUUCCUUAUGGCUCUACCCAGGAUUAUCUUAAUCCUAUUAUCUUGAUUAAACUUGUUCAGUUAGGAAUGGCGAAGGAUGAUAUAUUAUGGGAUGACAUGCUAGAGCGUGCAGAAUCAGUAGCUGAAAUUAAUAAAAGGGAUCAUGCUGCUGCUUGUCUACGAAGUAGCAUCUUAUUGAAUCUUAUUGAUGAAAAACUAAAAAUCAGGGAUCCUAGAGCGAAAGAGUUUUCUGCAAAAUAUCAAACAAUCUCUUUCCUCCCAUUUCUAACAAAACCGGCAGGUUUCUCUUUGGAGUGGAAAGGUAGCAGUUUUAAACCUGAAACUAUGUUUGCAGCAAUUGAUCUUUAUACAGCUGAAUACCAAGAUAUAGUUUGCCUCUUACAACCUAUUCUCAAUGAAAAUUCUCAUUCUUUUAAAGGUUGUGGUUCAAUAUCAUUGGCUGUUAAAGAGUUUUUGGGGUUACUUAAGAAGCCAACAGUUGAUUUGGUUAUAAAUCAGUUAAAAGAGGUUGCAAAAUCGCUUGAUGGAAUUACAUUGUAUCAGGAGAACAUCACCAAUGCUUGUUACAAAUACCUUCACGAGGCAAUGCUACAAAAUGAAACCACAAAAACAGCAAUUAUUGAACACCUUAAAACUUAUAAUUUCAUUUUAGUUGAGAAUGCAUAUGUUGAACCAGAAAAAGUAUCAUUUCAUUUGAACUUUGAUGCAGCUCCAUAUCUCUAUCAGUUGCCAAAUAAAUACAAAAAUAAUUUCCGUGAACUCUUUGAAAGCAUAGGUGUGAGACCUUCUUUCACUGUUGAAGACUUUGCUCUUGUUUUGGAAUCAAUAAAUCAAGAUAGAGGGACAAAACAAAUAACAGAAACAAACUUUCAGCUUUGCAGACGAAUUAUUAGUGAAGGCAUAUGGAGUCUUAUUAGGGAAAAGAAUCAAGAAUUUUGUGAGAAAAAGUAUGGCAAAAUAUUAUUACCAGACACUAAUCUUGCUCUUUUGCCUGCUGCUUCAUUAUGCUACAAUGAUUGUCCCUGGAUAAAAGUAAAGGAUACUACUGUAAAAUACUGUCAUGCUGACAUUCCUCGGGAAGUAGCUGUAAAACUUGGAGCAGUGCCCAAGCGACAUAAGGCCUUAGAAAGAUAUGCAUCCAAUAUCUGUUUUACAGCUCUUGGAACUGAAUUUGGUCAGAAAGAGAAACUGACCAGUAGGAUUAAAAGUAUCCUUAAUGCUUAUCCUUCGGAAAAAGAAAUGUUGAAAGAGCUCCUUCAAAAUGCUGAUGAUGCUAAAGCCACAGAAAUAUGUUUUGUUUUUGACCCAAGACAACAUCCGGUUGACAGGAUAUUUGAUGAUAAGUGGGCACCACUACAAGGGCCAGCACUUUGUGUAUAUAACAACCAGCCAUUUACUGAAGAUGAUGUCAGAGGAAUUCAGAACCUUGGAAAAGGUACAAAAGAAGGAAAUCCUUGUAAAACUGGACAAUAUGGCAUAGGAUUCAAUUCUGUAUAUCAUAUUACAGACUGUCCUUCUUUUAUUUCUGGUAAUGACAUCCUCUGUAUCUUUGAUCCUCAUGCUAGAUAUGCACCGGGAGCUACAUCAGUUAGUCCUGGACGCAUGUUUAGGGAUUUAGAUUUAGAUUUCAGAACACAGUUUUCAGAUGUUCUAGAUCUCUAUUUAGGUGAUCAUUUUAAACUGGACAACUGCACAAUGUUUAGAUUUCCACUUCGUAAUGGAGAAAUGGCCAAAGUUUCAGAAAUUUCCUCUGUUCCAUCAUCAGACAGGAUGGUUCAGAAUCUUUUGGAUAAAUUGCGUUCAGAUGGGGCAGAACUUCUCAUGUUUCUUAAUCAUAUGGAAAAGAUAUCUAUUUGUGAAAUAGAAAAGUCAACUGGUGCAUUAAAUGUAUUGUAUUCAGUAAAAGGCAAAAUAACUGAUGGAGAUAGAUUAAAACGGAAACAAUUUCAUGCAGCUGUAAUUGACAGUGUUACAAAAAAGAAGCAGCUAAAAGACAUACCUGUACAACAAAUUACUUAUACCAUGGAUACUGAAGACUCUGAAGGCAAUCUUACUACAUGGCUAAUUUGUAACAGAUCAGGAUUUUCAAGCAUGGACAAAGUUUCUAAGAGUGUUAUAUCAGCUCAUAAAAAUCAGGAUAUUACUCUUUUCCCACGUGGUGGAGUAGCAGCUUGUAUUACUCAUAAUUACAAGAAACCCCAUAGAGCCUUCUGCUUUUUGCCACUCUCAUUGGAAACAGGGCUGCCUUUUCAUGUAAAUGGACACUUUGCUUUAGACUCUGCAAGAAGAAAUUUGUGGCGGGAUGAUAAUGGAGUUGGUGUUCGGAGUGACUGGAAUAAUAGUUUGAUGACAGCCUUAAUAGCACCAGCAUAUGUUGAACUACUGAUUCAGUUAAAAAAGCGUUAUUUUCCAGGUACCGAUCCCACAAUGUCAAUUUUGCAAAAUACAGCUAUUCAUGUUGUAAAAGACACUUUAAAAAAGUUUUUGUCAUUUUUCCCAGUCAACAGACUUGACCUGCAACCAGAUUUAUAUUGUCUGGUGAAAGCACUUUACAGCUGUAUUCAUGAAGAUCAGAAACGCUUAUUACCUGUGGUAAGGGCUCCAAAUAUUGAUGGCUCAGAUUUACAUUCUGCAGUUAUUAUUACUUGGGUUAAUAUGUCUACUUCAAACAAAACAAAGCCAUUUUUUGACAACUUGCUUCAGGAUGAAUUACAGCACCUUAAAAAUGUAGAGUACAACAUCACGACACGUAAGACUAUAGCAGAAAAUGUUUACAGACUAAAGCAUUUACUUUUAGAAAUUGGAUUCAACUUGAUAUAUAACUGUGAUGAAACUGCCAAUCUUUACCACUGUCUCAUAGAUGCAGACAUUCCUGCUAGCUAUGUUACCCCAGCUGAUGUCCGGUCAUUUUUGAUGACUUUUUCUUCUCCUGACACUAAUUGUCACAUUGGAAAAUUACCUUGCCGUCUUCAGCAGACUAAUUUGAAGUUAUUUCACAGUUUAAAGCUUUUGGUAGACUAUUGCUUUAAGGAUGCAGAAGAAAAUGAGAUGGUAGUUGAGGGACUCCCACUUCUUAUUACAGUUGAUAGUGUUUUACAAAUUUUUGAUGCAAAACGUCCCAAAUUUCUUACAACAUAUCAUGAAUUGAUACCUUCCCGCAAGGAUUUGUUCAUGAAUACACUAUAUUUAAGGUACAGCAAUAUUUUAUUGACAAGUAAAGUUGCAAAAAGUUUUGACAUUACCAGUUUCGCUGAUUUGUUAUCCUCUGUGUUGCCACGUGAAUAUAAAACCAAAAGUUGUACAAAGUGGAAAGAAAAUUUUGCAAGUGAAUCAUGGCUUAAAAAUUCAUGGAACUUUAUCAGUGAAUCUGUAAAUGUGAAAGAAGACCAAGAAGAAAUAAAACCAACCUUUGACAUUGUUGUUGAUACACUAAAGGACUGGGCUCUACUUCCAGGAACUAAAUUUACUGUUUCAGCCAGUCAGCUUGUUGUUCCAGAGGGAGAUGUUCUACUACCACUAAGCCUUAUGCAUAUAGCUGUUUUUCCAAAUGCUCAGACUGAUAAAGUUUUCCAUGCUUUAAUGAAAGCUGGUUGUAUUCAGCUUGCUUUAAACAAAAUUUGUUCCAAAGACAAUGUAAUUGUUCCUCUGCUGUCAGCACACACAGCAAAUAUUGAUAAUCCCACAAGCAUUUUGAAGGCUAUUCACUAUAUGGUCCAGACCUCAACAUUUAGAACUGAAAAAUUAGUAGAACACGAUUUUGAGGCUCUUUUAAUGUAUUUCAAUUGUAACUUAAGUCACUUGAUGUCUCAGGAUGACAUUAAAAUUUUAAAAUCACUUCCAUGCUAUAAAUCUAUUAGUGGUCGAUACAUGAGUAUUGCAAAAUUUGGAGCAUGUUAUGUACUUACAAAAACUAUUCCUUCAGCUGAAGUGGAGAAAUGGACACUAUCCUCCUCAUCAGCAUUUCUUGAGGAAAAGAUACACUUAAAGGAUUUAUAUGAAGUUCUUGGUUGUGUCCCUGUAGAUGAUCUUGAAGUAUAUUUGAAACAUCUUUUACCAAAGAUUGAAAAUCUUUCUUAUGAAGCAAAAUUAGAGCAUCUGAUUUAUUUGAAGAACAGAUUAUCUAGCAUUGAAGAAUCAUCAGAGAUAAAGGAACAGCUUUUUGAAAAGUUGGAAAGUCUCUUAAUAAUUCAUGAUGCAAGUAAUCGUUUAAAAUCUGCAAAGCAUUUUUAUGACCGAACUGUGAAAGUUUUCGAAGUUAUGCUUCCAGAAAAAUUAUUUAUACCUAAGGAUUUCUUUAAAAAAUUGGAGACCCUUACUAAACCUAAGAAUCAAGCUUCUUUCUUAACAUCAUGGGUAAUGUUCUUAAGAAACAUUGGACUCAAACACAUCCUUUCUCAACAGCAGCUACUGCAGUUUGCUAAAGAAGUAAGUAUGAGAGCCAAUACAGAAAACUGGUCCAAAGAAACACUACAAACCACAGUUGAUGUCCUUCUUUAUCACAUAUUUCAAGAACGAACUGAUUUAUUAUCUGGAAAUUUUCUGAAAGAAUUAUCUCUAGUUCCUUUCUUAUGCCCUGAACGUGCUCCUGCUGAAUUUAUUAGAUUUCAUCCACAGCAUCAAGAAGUAAAUGGAACUCUUCCUCUUAUACGGUUCAAUGGAGCACAAGUGAAUCCUAAAUUUAAACAGUCAGAUGUCUUGCAGCUUUUGUGGACGUCCUGUCCUAUUCUUCCUGAGAAAGCAACACCUUUGAGUAUCAAAGAACAAGAAGGUAGUACUCUUGGUCCACAGGAACAACUUGAACAAGUUUUGACAAUGCUCAAUGUUAAUUUGGAUCCACCUCUUGAUAAAGUCAUUCACAAUUGCAGAAAUAUAUGCAACAUAACGACUUUGGAUGAAGAGAUGGUGAAAACUAGAGCUAAGGUCUUAAGGAGUAUUUAUGAAUUUCUCAGUGCAGAAAAAAAAGAGUUCCGCUUUCAGCUUCGAGGGGUUGGUUUUGUUAUGGUAGAAGAUGGUUGGAAGCUUCUAAAACCUGAGGAAGUAGUAAUAAAUCUAGAGUAUGAAUCAGAUUUUAAACCUUACUUAUAUAAACUGCCUUUGGAACUUGGUACCUUUCAUCAAUUAUUUAAACAUUUAGGUACUGAAGAUGUUAUUUCAACUAAGCAAUAUGUUGAGGUGCUGAGCCGUAUAUUCAAGAACUCUGAAGGAAAACAGUUAGAUCCAAAUGAAAUGCGCACAGUUAAGAGAGUUGUUUCUGGACUGUUCAAAAGUCUUCAAAAUGAUUCAGUUAAGGUUAGAAAUGAUCUUGAAAAUGUGCGAGAUCUUGUACUUUAUCUUCCAAGUCAAGAUGGUAGAUUGGUAAAGUCAAGCAUCUUAGUUUUUGAUGAUGCACCACAUUAUAAAAGCAGAAUACAGGGACAUAUUGGGGUUCAAAUGCUUGUUGAUUUGAGUCAGUGUUAUUUGGGAAAGGACCAUGGUUUUCACACCAAGUUGAUAAUGCUCUUUCCUCAGAAACUCAGGCCUCGUUUACUGAGUAGCAUUCUUGAAGAACAGUUAGAUGAAGAAACACCUAAAAUUUGUCAGUUUGGAGCAUUAUGUUCUCUUCAAGGAAGAUUACAAUUACUCUUGUCUUCAGAACAAUUCAUUACAGGUCUCAUUAGAAUUAUGAAGCAUGAAAAUGACAAUGCUUUCUUAGCUAAUGAAGAGAAGGCCAUAAGGCUUUGCAAAGCCCUGCGAGAAGGACUGAAAGUUUCAUGUUUUGAGAAGCUGCAAACAACAUUAAGAGUUAAAGGAUUUAAUCCAAUUCCUCAUAGCAAAAGUGAAACAUUUGCUUUUUUAAAACGGUAUGGCAAUGCCGUAAUUUUACUCUAUAUACAACAUUCAGACAGUAAAGACAUAAAUUUCCUGUUGGCCUUGGCAAUGACACUUAAGUCAGCCACUGAUAAUUUGAUUUCAGACACUUCCUAUUUAAUUGCCAUGCUAGGUUGCAAUGAUAUUUAUAGGAUCAGUGAGAAACUUGACAGUUUAGGAGUAAAAUAUGACUCAUCAGAACCAUCAAAACUUGAACUUCCUAUGCCUGGCACUCCAAUACCUGCCGAAAUCCAUUAUACUCUACUUAUGGACCCAAUGAAUGUUUUUUAUCCAGGAGAAUAUGUUGGAUAUCUUGUUGAUGCAGAAGGCGGGGAUAUCUAUGGCUCUUAUCAACCAACAUAUACAUAUGCAAUUAUUGUACAAGAAGUUGAAAGGGAAGAUGCUGACAAUUCUAGCUUUCUAGGAAAGAUUUAUCAGAUUGAUAUUGGAUACAGUGAAUAUAAAAUAGUAAGCUCUUUGGACUUGUAUAAAUUUUCCAGACCUGAUGAAAGUUCUCAAAGCAGAGACAGUGCACCAUCUACCCCAACCAGUCCUACUGAAUUUCCAGUCCCUGGACUUCGAAGUAUCCCUCCCAUUUUCUCUGGAAAAGAGAGCCAUAAGACAUCUUCUUCAAAACAUCAUUCACCCAAAAAGAUUAAGGUAAAUUCAUUGCCAGAAAUAUUGAGAGAAGUGACAUCAGUAGUAGAACAAGCAUGGAAGCUUCCAGAAUCUGAAAGGAAAAAGAUUAUUAGACGGUUGUAUUUGAAAUGGCAUCCAGACAAAAAUCCAGAGAAUUAUGAUAUGGCUAAUGAAGUUUUUAAGCAUUUACAGAAUGAAGUUAGUAGAUUAGAGAAGCAGGCUUUUAUAGAUCAAAAUACUGAUAGAACAUCAAGGAGAACAUUUUCAACAGCUUCUCGUUUUCAGUCAGACAAAUAUUCAUUUCAGCGCUUUUAUACUUCAUGGAAUCGAGAAGCGACAAGUCAUAAAUCAGAAAGGCAACAACAAAACAAAGAAAAGGGCCCAUCUUCUACAGGACAGUCUUAUUCACAAAGGUUCUUUGUUCCACCCACUUUUAAGACUGUAGGUAAUCCAGUUGAAGCUCGGAGGUGGUUAAGGCAAGCUCGAGCAAAUUUUUCAGCUGCCAGAAAUGACCUUCACAAAAAUGCUAAUGAAUGGGUAUGCUUUAAAUGCUACCUGUCCACUAAAUUAGCUUUGAUUGCUGCUGACUAUGCAGUAAGGGGGAAGUCAGAUAAAGAUGUGAAACCAACAGCACUUGCACAAAAAAUAGAGGAAUAUAGUCAACAACUUGAAGGACUUACAAAUGAUGUUCAUACAUUAGAAGCUUAUGGUGUGGAUAGUUUAAAAACGAGGUACCCUGAUUUACUUCCUUUCCCUCAGAUCCCAAAUGAUAGGUUCACUUCUGAAGUUGCUAUGAGGGUGAUGGAAUGCACUGCUUGUAUCAUAAUAAAACUUGAAAACUUUAUACAACAAAAGGUAUGAAGUAAUUAAAGGGAACAAAUUUUAGGUAGGGUUGAAUACUGAAUAAUGAUGAAUGCAAACAUUCAUUUGACCAUCAUAACUUAAAUGGGCUGAAUCAUAUGUUAUCUAGGAGUUUUUGAAGUAUAGUGUACAGUAUUGAUACUAACCAUUAAUGAAUUCAAACAAAAAUUCUGAAUCUACAAGAGAAUUAUUUUUACAAAAUUAUAGGAAGAUGUUACAUAAUUGUGAAAUGUAUGUAUGAGUGGUUAAAAACGACAUGUUAUUGAACUGCACUUUAUAUAACCAAAGCUUAGCAGUGUCUUACAUAAGGUCUUUAUAUGUUUCUUAUUAGGAUGAAUUUUGUUUAUGUUUCCAACAGGGUAUUAUUGUUUAAGGAAUUAAUGUGACACUGGAUAUAUCAUUGAGCUAAACAAAUAAGGGGAAGUCUCUGGAGUGAAAAUUUCUUUCCCACAUUUUUUAUUUUAUGUGGACUUUUUAUUUGGACCCAUUGUUCUCAUCAGCUGGCUCUGAUUGUGAAUUUGUUUUCAUUUUAUAUUGAUAUUUAGUACAUUUGAACUGUUAAAAUAUUUUAAUUCUGAAUCUUACUUGAUUAUGCAUUCAUAGUACUUAUAAAAGUGCACCAAGUGCACUUUUAUACUUUAAUUUUUAAAAGUUUUUAAAAUGUUUUUUGUUUACAAACUUCCUAUUUAAAGAAUUCAUGUGGCUAGCCCAAACUGGUAGUGGCAGUUUAUCAAACAAGAUGUUGAUAAAGUUUUUGAAAACUGUUUACCAAAAUAACAUUUAGAAGACUUAUUAUGUUUGUGUGUAUAUCCUUUUCAUGAGCAUAAUUUAUAUAGUGUGAAUGUACAGGUUGCAAUUUUUUUGUUUCAUAUGUCUAAUGGUGCUGCGGUAUAAUGUUCUAUUUUCUUUUUGUCUUUCACUAUGGCACUUAGUGAUCUUUGGGAUUUAGUUAACAUUUCAGUUAUUACAAAUUAUAAUAUCCUUGAUAGUGCCAUAAAAUUAAUUUGGUACUUUUAAAAAAUAGGAAUUAUUAUUUGGAACUUUCCUCUUCAGAUUUGGCCAUAUCUGACAUUUAGUAUUUAUCAUGUCCACAUGUAACAUAUUUAUUGGUAGCAUAUUGAAAGUGUAAUUUUUUUUUUUGCAGAAUGUAAAAAAAAAGAGCUUAGUGAUAAUGAGUUUACACAAUGCAGUAACUAAAACUAGCUCUUGGCAAUCCAAAAAAAAAUGCUGAUAUAGACUUUUAUGCAAUUAAGGGCUUAAGGAAUGUGUUGAAACAUUUUCACUAGUAUUGAUAACAAAAAGAAUGUUUGCUUCUUGAAAACUGUAUUGCUUCUGAAUGUGAAGCCAUGUAAUUAUUUCUGCUGUUAUAUUAAGUGCCAUAAUUUUAAUAAAGCAAACAUGUAUAUAAAGAAAAA